AUGAGUAAAAACCGCCCUCGCUCUGUGGCUCUGGGCCCUCUCUCUGUGGCUCUGGGCCCUCUCUCUGUGGCUCUGGGCCCUCUCUCUGUGGCUCUGGGCCCUCGCUCUGUGGCUCUGGGCCCUCGCUCUGUGGCUCUGGGCCCUCUCUCUGUGGCUCUGGGCCCUCUCUCUGUGGCUCUGGGCCCUCUCUCUGUGGCUCUGGGCCCUCUCUCUGUGGCUCUGGGCCCUCUCUCUGUGGCUCUCGGCCCUCUCUCUGUGGCUCUGGGCCCUCGCUCUGUGGCUCUGGGCCCUCUCUCUGUGGCUCUGGGCCCUCUCUCUGUGGCUCUCGGCCCUCUCUCUGUGGCUCUGGGCCCUCUCUCUGUGGCUCUGGGCCCUCUCUCUGUGGCUCUGGGCCCUCUCUCUGUGGCUCUCGGCCCUCUCUCUGUGGCUCUGGGCCCUCUCUCUGUGGCUCUGGGCCCUCGCUCUGUGGCUCUGGGCCCUCUCUCUGUGGCUCUGGGCCCUCUCUCUGUGGCUCUGGGCCCUCGCUCUGUGGCUCUGGGCCCUCUCUCUGUGGCUCUGGGCCCUCUCUCUGUGGCUCUGGGCCCUCUCUCUGUGGCUCUGGGCCCUCUCUCUGUGGCUCUGGGCCCUCGCUCUGUGGCUCUGGGCCCUCGCUCUGUGGCUCUCGGCCCUCUCUCUGUGGCUCUGGGCCCUCUCUCUGUGGCUCUGGGCCCUCUCUCUGUGGCUCUGGGCCCUCUCUCUGUGGCUCUGGGCCCUCUCUCUGUGGCUCUCGGCCCAAAGCAGCGACAGUGA